GCGAAAGGGGAAAGAACUGGCAAUAACGUGUACCCAUUUUGAACAAAUAAAUUGGGUUUCUGAUAUGUAUUUUAUGUUGCAAUUUAGGUCUGGGAGAGGUUUAGAGAAGGAACAAUGGCUGAGUUUUUCUCACUAGAAGGAAGAGGAAUCAACAACAGCCAAGAACAUCAACAAAACCAACCAGAGAGCUGGUUUUGGUACAAAAACGAGGAUGUUUCCUACAAGGGUUUUGAAUUAUGGCAACAGCAAGAGCUUCUCCAACGCCACCAAGGCACCAGCGACGAACCCCAAAGCCAACGACUUCAAGAUCUUUAUGUUUCAGCAGCUGGGUUAGGUGUUGGACCUACCAGGAGCUCAACCAACAUCUGCGAUGAUCCCUCGGCUUUUAUGAUGACGGGUAGUGGAGGUGGAGGAGGCACCAUUAGUUGCCAAGAUUGUGGUAAUCAAGCCAAAAAGGAUUGCAUUCACAUGAGGUGUAGAACUUGUUGUAAAAGUCGAGGGUUUGAUUGCCAAACCCAUGUUACAAGUACUUGGGUUCCUGCUUCCAAGCGCCGUGAUAAACAACAUUUGCAGCAGCAACUUCAGAUUCCCAAAAGACAGCGAGAGAAUCUAACAUCUUCUUCUCUUACCUGUACUCGUUUAGCCACAAACGCGUCAGGGUUUGAAGUGGAGAAUUUUCCUGCAAAAGUGAACUCUGAAGCGGUUUUCCGGUGCGUGAUAGUGAGUAGCAUUGAAGAUGGUGACGAUCACUAUGCUUAUAGGACAUCUGUGAACAUCGCAGGGCAUGUUUUCAAGGGAAUUCUUUACGAUCAAGGCCCCGAAAGCGGCUACAACAUGGAGGCGGCGGCGGCAGCUGGUACGAGUUCUUCCGGUGAUGGAGUUCAACUUCAACCGCUUGAUCUUAUUACUGCUGGUCCCACCGCCGUGGAUACGGUUGCAGCCAACGCCGGCGGGUGUAGCAUUACACCUGCUGCUACUUCAUCAAGCGCAGCAUAUUUAGACCCUUCCUCUCUAUAUGCGACUCCACUCAACACUUUGAUGGCUGGUACGCAGUUUUUCCCAAAUCCAACAUCUUAAAAAACCACACCCAAAGUCAUUUUCUUUCUUCUACGUCUCUUCUUCAUUGUCUACUUUCUUGACACUUGAUAGUAAAGCACUACAACAUUUGAUACCCACCA